GGUGGGCGGUCGAGGCAGAGAGAGGGGUGUCCCAGUCUUUGCGCAUGGCCCUUGCCUACAGCCAGAGGCGUUUCAGCACCAGGGACAGCGGCAAGGAGCUUUCAGCACCAGGGACAGCACUGCACCGCCUCGACUGCCCUCCUGAUUGGGAUUUCAGCACCAGGGACAGCGCCUCUGACUUCAUGAAGGACCCAAGACUGCAAAGGGGGCUUGGAGGGCAUUUCUAGGGAGAGAUUGAAAGCAUUUCCCCAUUCCCCCCAUCUAUCCCUCUCUGGGAGAAGCCUCCAUUCUACAUUCUGCCCCAUUGCCUCUUCCCACAGUCUCUCUUCUUCUUCUUCUUCUUCUUCUUCUUCUUCCAAGCCUGGCUGCCAAAGGAAAUCAUCAGCAUUGAAGACUUGGUGCUGUGAUUUUUGUCCCCCCCACAUCAAAGCGGGUGGGGGGGGAGGAAAGAGGAAAUGAGUCUGCCUUGAGUCAGAAGAUGCCUCAGCCACCCGCCUCCAUGGCUCUCCUCAUCUGCCUCUGUUUUUUGGGAAUCUUGAGAAGGAGCCUGGGCACCGACACAGAAGAACGGCUGGUGGAGCAUCUCCUGGACCCAACGCGGUACAACAAACUGAUCCGCCCAGCCACCAAUGGUUCCGAGUUGGUCACCGUGCAACUCAUGGUGUCCCUGGCUCAACUCAUCAGCGUGCACGAAAGGGAGCAGAUCAUGACCACAAACGUGUGGCUGACGCAGGAGUGGGAGGACUAUCGCCUCACAUGGAAUCCAGAGGAGUUUGACGACAUGAAGAAGGUGCGGCUGCCCUCGAAGCACAUCUGGCUUCCAGAUGUUGUACUCUACAACAAUGCUGACGGGAUGUACGAGGUGUCUUUCUACUCCAACGCGGUGGUAUCUUAUGAUGGGAGCAUCUUCUGGCUCCCGCCAGCCAUCUACAAGAGCGCUUGCAAGAUUGAGGUAAAGCAUUUCCCCUUCGACCAGCAGAACUGCACCAUGAAGUUCCGCUCGUGGACCUACGACCGAACAGAGAUUGACCUGGUGCUGAAGAGCGACGUGGCCAGCUUGGAUGACUUCACACCCAGCGGGGAGUGGGACAUCAUCGCUUUGCCGGGCCGGCGGAACGAGAACCCCAAUGACUCCACUUACGUGGACAUCACCUAUGACUUCAUCAUCCGCCGGAAGCCCCUCUUCUACACCAUCAAUCUCAUCAUCCCCUGCAUCCUCAUCACCUCCUUGGCCAUCCUGGUCUUCUACUUGCCCUCAGACUGCGGCGAGAAGAUGACCCUCUGCAUAUCCGUCCUCUUGGCCCUCACCGUCUUCCUGCUCCUGAUCUCCAAAAUCGUGCCCCCCACCUCACUGGAUGUCCCGCUGGUGGGCAAGUACCUGAUGUUCACCAUGGUGCUGGUGACCUUCUCCAUCGUCACCAGCGUCUGCGUCCUCAACGUCCACCAUCGCUCGCCCACCACCCACACCAUGCCUCCGUGGGUCAAGGUGGUCUUCCUGGACAAACUGCCCACCCUCCUCUUCAUGAAGCAGCCACGGCAGAACUGUGCCCGACAGCGCUUGCGCCAGAAGCGGCAAAGCCAGGAACGGGCUUCUGGAAGCUUCUUCCUGAGGGAAGGAGCACGUUCUUGCACUUGUUACGUCAAUCCCUCGACCACAAAGAAGUUUGGGAUGGGGAGCAGCGGAAACAAUGGCGGAGGCAGUGGUGGCGGUGGGAGUAGGCCCUUUACAGAAACGUCAGAAGGGGUCAAUGGUUACCGGGACAGGCCAGGGCAAACAGUACAGCCACCCCAACCACUCGGCCACUGCUGCUGCGGCCUGGAGGAGGCAGUGGAUGGAGUGCGUUUCAUCGCUGACCACAUGAAAAGCGAAGACGAUGACCAGAGUGUGAGUGAGGAUUGGAAGUAUGUGGCGAUGGUGAUCGACCGCCUCUUUUUGUGGAUUUUUGUGUUCGUCUGCGUCUUUGGCACCAUUGGCAUGUUCCUGCAGCCGCUGUUCCAGAACUAUGCCACCAACUCCCUCCUGCAGAUCAACCAAGGAGCGCCCGGCUCGAAAUAGCAGAGACCAUGCUUGCCCUCUUCUCCACCAUGAUGCCCAGAGGAGAUCCAGAGAGCAACCAAGAGCCCCCCAACCUGGUCCUUGUAUGGACACCUUGUAUGGGAGGACCAAGACUCCUUCCCUUCCACCCGCUAUUCCUGCCACGGUUCUUGCUUUAGUACAAAGAACAACGGAACCUGCACUAGGAAGAAGGAAUAGACGUCAACAUACCAAACGGGGACCGUGGCACAUUGGUUUUGUCAGAACGCCACCAUUGCCAGUGGGCUGCCAGAGCAAUAUUGUUGCCUGGGUAGGUGUAGCUCAAGGGAUAGAGCAGUUGCUUUGCAUGCAGAAGGUCUCCAGUUUGUUUCUUGGUAUCUCCACUUAUUUUAUUAUUUUUUAAAAGGAUUGGGUGAUGGGGACUCUUUGCGUGAGGCCUUGGAGACCUGCUGGCAACCAGAGUAAACGCGAAGGAGGACAAAGAAGUUGAACUGCCAAGAGGCAGCUUGCAGUGGUCCAGGAGGGGCAUCGGUUCCUUCCAAAUGUCUUCAGGGAGACGGCACCCUAGAGAACCCAUCAAAGCAAAGGCAAUGGGUGGAAAGAGGCUUUCUUGCUGCUCUGCAGGCCUUUUUGAAGAAGGCUCCCUGCUUCCCCCUCCUCCAAGAAACCCUGGCUUGUGUGCCAACGACGGGGUACCAGCUCCCAACUCAGGGAAAAACAAUAUGUAGGAUUAUAUAUAAAUCUAUGUAUCAAUGUAUUCCCACCUCUGCAUACUCAAGGAACAGCAAUGGAACAGAAAGAGCUGAUCAGUAUGAUAGAGAUCAUUCUUGGAAUCACAUUCUUAGGGGCAGAGGAAGAGUUAGCAGCUAAAUUCUUAACCCUGCAUAGAAGACAACCCUAGUCUUUGUCUUCCUUCAGUUUCCAGAGUAGUAUGAUGCUGCAAUGUAGGACUGGGAGUCAGGAGUGUAGCUACAGAAGGUGGCGGUGGUGCACUGACUCUUCCAAUGAUCUUCCCCACGAAAUUUUCCUCCAGUCCCCACAUUUCUAGCAUCGCAACAACCAACUAUUUCAGUCGAGCGUUUAGAAAUUUGUUUUAGGCAUGCGAAGAAAAAAGGGCAGUCAAAGAGACCUCGGCAAUGCAAAGGUAGCAAAUAGAAGAGUUACAAGGUAUGAAUGAUGUUCAUUGCUUCAUUUGCUGAAAUGUGGGACAAGGAAAAUUGCAUGGAAAAGACAAUUCAUUGGGAGGCAGUGUCUUCGUUUUGCCCCCCACCACAAUAGUUACACCCCUGUUGACAAUGAUGUGACCUUUCAGAUGUUGUUGGAGUGCAACCGCCAGAAGCCCUAGCCAUGUAAGAAUGCUGGGAGUUGCAGUAUAACACCAUCUAGAGGGCUGCAUUAAAAGAGGCCAGUCUUGGCAUCAAACUGUGCUGGGCCCUGGAAGAAUAGUGAGUGACUUGCUGAGGAUUGAGAAUUGUGUGGCUCCCUGGAUGUUCUUGGAUUGCAGUUCCCAGCAUGGUUCACCAUUUGGUGGCUAGGGCUGCUGGGAGCUGAAGUCCAAAAAUGUCUAGAAUGUGACAUGGUCCUCUUCCCUUGGAGAAGAUGCUUCUCAAUCUGCUUAGCCAAUUCAGAAGGGUCCAGAGGACGAGGGAUUUUGCUACUCAACAAUAACCACCAGCGGCUUUGUCAUACAGAGACCAAAGCACUGAUGCCAUAUAGCCAUGGGACUGUGUCUCCUUGCCCUCACCAUGCCGCUGCCGGCUCCCCAAAGCCAACGCUAACACUGCAAACCCAAUAAAAUAGGUCACAUAGGUGGAACA